AUGUUGUCCACUAAUAUAACUAGAAUCCAUAAUUUCGUCAUCCUUGGGUUUCCUGGACUUUCACCGGACCAUUAUGGAUUUGUAUCAUUCCUGCUUUUCAUUCUCUUCUUGGCGAUAGCUGUAGGAAACAUAUUCCUGUUAGUGUUUGUUAAAUGUGAAAGGUCUCUUCAUAAACCCACAUAUCUCAUCUUUUGUCACUUGGCACUCACUGAUUUGGCAUUUGGGACUGUAACUUUGCCAAAGAUUAUAUGCAAAUAUUGGUUUGAUGACAGCAUUAUUUCUUUUUACGGCUGCUUUGCACAGAUGUAUUUUGUCCAUUUUUUAGGUGCGACUCAUUCCUUCAUCCUGAUGGUGAUGGCUCUGGAUCGCUUUAUUGCCAUUUGUGCUCCUCUGCGUUACACAGCCCUCUUCACUAGCACCACAGUGUCCGUGCUCUGUGGUAUAUCCUGGUUGAUGCCCAUAUCAUGGAUGGUGGGAAUAGUUAUGGACGCUCUUACUCUGCCUUUCUGUAAUUCAAACAUCAUCAUACAGUGCUAUUGUGACCACAUAGCUAUAACAGCACUGGGCUGUGACAACGUACGGCAGGUUCAGGUGGUUGCCUUUGGUCUUGCUAUGUUCAGUCUGUUGGUGCCUAUUGGUUUUAUCAUCUUCUCUUAUUUCGUUAUUAUCGUGGCCGUGAUGAGAAUGUCGAGCUCUGAGGGCCGCAUGAAAACUCUGUCCACAUGCACGCCUCAGCUCCUCAUCACUUGUCUGUAUUACAUGCCCAGGUGCUUUGUGUACCUGGCAAAUAAUGUUGGAUUCACUUUUAGUGUUCCUGUUCGCAUCGUUGUUGUAAUGCUCUACAGUCUGUUACCUGCUGCUUUCAAUCCCAUCAUUUACUGUUUCAAAACAAAGGAUAUCAAGGAGAAACUGAAAAAGAAAUUCUUCAUUAAAAAAAUAAAUAUC